AUGGCUGCCACCAAAGGGGUGUUCAACUUGGCUUGUGAGCAGCACCUGCGACCUAAUGGCUUUGCUGGCCCUAGCUCUGCCCAGAGCCCUUUCCCCUCUGACCCUGGACCCUGGGAGGGUGUUGCAGCAGCCGUACCAAGAGUGUGGAGGACAUCGGUUCAGAAAGCACUUGGUGUCUUUGCAGGUGGGCUGGCAGAGGAGAUGGAUGACAAAGUUCUUCGUGCUGCUUUUAUUCCUUUUGGAGACAUCACAGAUAUUCAGAUUCCACUGGAUUAUGAAACAGAAAAGCACCAAGGAUUUGCUUUUGUUGAAUCUGAGUUGGCAGAGGAUGCCGAAGCAGCUAUCAAAAACAUGAAUGAAUCUGAAAUGUUUGGGCGGACAAUCCAUGUCAAUUUGGCCAAACCAGUGAGAAUUAAGGAAGGCUUGUCCAGACCAGUUUGGUCACAUGAUGACUGGUUGAAAAAGUUUUCUAGGAAGACUCUUGAAGAGAGGAAAGAGGAAGAAGGGUCAGAGCUUCCCAAAGUGGAAACCCAGGAGAGAGAGCCCGCCGUAAAAAAGGCCCAGUUAAACCCUCAGAUGUACAUGGACAUCAAGGUCAGGAACAAGCCAGUAGGCCGCAUCCAGAUGCUCCUGCGUUCAGACGUCGUUCCCAUGACAGCAGAGAAUUUCCGCUGCCUGUGCACCCACGAGAAGGGCUUUGGCUUCAAGGGCAGCAGCUUCCACCGCAUCAUCCCCCAGUUCAUGUGCCAGGGCGGCGAUUUCACCAACCACAGCAGCACCGGGGGCAAGUCUAUCUAUGGAAAGUUUGACGAUGAAAACUUCAUCCUCAAACACACGGGACCAGGCCUGCUCUCCAUGGCCAACUCUGGCCCAAACACCAACGGCUCCCAGUUCUUCCUGACAUGUGACAAGACGGAUUGGCUGGAUGGCAAGCACGUGGUAUUUGGGGAGAUCACGGAAGGCCUGGAUGUCUUGCGGCAGAUUGAGGCCCAGGGCAGCAAGGACGGGAAACCCAAGCAGAAGGUCAUCAUCUCCGACUGUGGGGAGUACGUGUGAGAGGGGAGCUGUCAGACCGGGGAACCGGCAGCCAAGGUGUCCCGUUUGCAGCAAGCAGGGCUUUGUGUCCUGGCCCUUCCUUGGGGUCAGCGUGGGGCAGCUCCUCUGCAGGCACGGCCUGGGCCGCCUCUGGCUCUUCCCCAAGUGGGGCCGUGGGCCAGGGUGCUGCCCUCCCUACCGUGGACGGCUGUGCGUGCCCUUUCCAGGCCAGGGCCUCUCCUGGGCCCACCUGUGUGGAUCUUGGCUGUAUCUUCCGGUAAAAUCAAUCCUAGUUCUUGUACUGCUGCCACACAGCCA